AUGGUUUUCGAGGACACAGGUUCUGAGUUGGCUUUUGUAAUUGUUUCCGGUAUAUAUCUGCUGGUGGUAGGCAUAUGUUUGUGUUGCAGUGGCUCACCCCGCAGAAACGUCCCCCAAGAAGAAGCAACACCCCGUCGUUUGGGCCCCGAAACGCAAGAGACUUCAGCAGGAAGCAACAUGGAAACACAAAUCAAUUGUGUCCAGACGAAGUACCAAAAGGGUAUGGGUCUGGUUUUGGUAGGAGACGAGUCUGAAUAUGGUCCUGCACUUUUUCUCAUCAUUCAGCUUGUGGUGAUCAUAGCCAUCUGGUGGUGUUACCGUUGCUGCUGCGAGAAUAUUCCCCCUGAAGAACCGACACAACGACAAUUGGAAGAUGAUGAAAUGCAAAAGACCACAGCAGCAAGCAGCACAAGGACUACUACUGCUUCACCGGUAAUCCAAAAGUAUGAAAAGGGUGUUAGCCUGGUAGGAGAUGGUACGUGUGCUGUGUGCAUAGAAAAAUUUGAAGAAGGUGAAUAUUUUCGUACCUUGCCGGAGUGCAACCACUCGUUUCACGCUGCAUGCAUUGACAUGUGGCUCUAUUCUCAUCCGAAUUGCCCAGUUUGCCGCGCCACUGCUACACUGUUCACGGUUGUCGUUCAGCGGUAG